GUCUGUAUGAUAUAUAUGGUAACUUUUAUGAGAAUAAAGGUCAUAACCACCUCCUUCAUCCUUUCUUCCUCCUCCUCUUCCUCUUCUUCUUCUUCUUCUUCUUCUUCUUCCUCUUCCACUUGAUAUAUAUACCAUAUCAAUGGGUGAAGGCAAAAAGCAAAUGCCUAAAAGUCCAUGCUCUCUAUAUGCUGGUGAUGCGAAACAUGAAGAUCACUGGACAAUCAUGGAUGGUGAAGAUGAUGACACCUACACUACUACUACAUCAUCUACAUCCUCCUUUGAAGAUCCAACGGUUUCAAAUGGAUCAUCAUCAUCAGACAUGGCAGAUGAUGUAUCUUCAUCAUCUACUUCAAAUUUAUCAUCCUCCUCGUGCUCCACCGAACCUUUAUAUGAUUUAUCAGAGCUCAUGGCCCAGCUACCCAUCAAGAGGGGACUUUCUAAGUUUUAUAAGGGUAAGUCUCAAUCUUAUGCAUCUCUGUCAAUGGUGACAAGCAUAGAAGAUCUCCCAAAGAAAGAAACCCCUUUCAGAAGGAAAUUAAUGAAGGCAUCCAAGAGCUAUGGGGGUGGCUUAGACAGCUACAAAUCAUACACUCUUCCCAAGCCCAUUAUAUCAAAGAAAGCUUCGAGGGGCUCAUCAUCAUCACUAUCCUUAUUAUCAUUUCCAACUAGAAGAGGUAGUUUUGUCAGUAGUUGCAGUUCCCCUCUGAAUCCUGUACAGGAGAACUGGGGAUGUUAGGUCACUUGCCUAUAUAUUAUAUGCUGCAUGACUUUGGUGAAAAACAAAAUCUUUGUGUAAAAUAGUUGAGAGAAUAUUUUUUUUAAGAAGGAAGUCAAUCAUCUUUAAUCCCAUGAUUCUCUCCAUUCCAAGAUAGUCUCCAUAGUUUGUGUAUAGCUGUUAUUGUCAAUUUGUGAAUAUGUUUUCCACUUGUAAUUAACUGAUUGUAAUAUUUUGUAUACAGCCUAAUAUACAACCUACUGAGUUUGAGUUUUCAUUA